AGACCCGAACGAGGUUCCCAGUUCCCUUUACCACAGAGAGCGAGACAGAAAGAAAUUGAAGCGAGAGUUGUUAUUGUAUUGUAUUCGACCGAGUGAGGUAGGAGAGGAAGAGAUCGGAAAGAUGACGGAGGCUACGAUUAGGAAGAAGCCGGGAAUGGCGAGCGUGAAGGACAUGCCGGUUCUCCAGGACGGUCCGCCGCCGGGCGGGUUCGCUCCGAUCCGGUUCGCCCGCCGCAUCCCCAACAAGGGCCCCAGCGCCGUCGCUAUUUUCCUCACUGCCUUCGGCGUUUUCUCUUGGGGCAUGUACCAGGUCGGCCAGGGCAACAAGAUCCGAAGGGCCCUGAAGGAAGAAAAAUAUUCUGCCCGCCGGGCCAUACUACCUUUGCUACAGGCUGAAGAGGAUGAGAGAUUUGUUAAGGAGUGGCAUAAAUAUCUUGAAUAUGAGGCGGAGGUGAUGAAGGAUGUGCCUGGUUGGAAAGUUGGUGAAAGUGUCUAUCACUCUGGGAGAUGGGUGCCCCCAUCAAGUGGUGAGUUGCGUCCUGAUGUCUGGUGAUGCUAUUUCAACCAUCAGUAUCAGGAAUUGGUCUGCUUCUUGCAUGUUCUUUACAUUGUGGUACUUUUGUCCAGUAUCCUCUAAAAUAAAGUUGUAUCUGGAACAUUUGUAAUUGCUUUGCGAAAUUUUAAAACUAGAAUGCCUUUUGAAUUUGUACUUCAUGUUUGCAAUCCCACCAUUCUCUGAUGUAUAUCAGUAUGAAUGCACAUUCUUGGCAUAGGAAAUUGUAUGCUAUGCAGUAUGCUGUAUGCACUUCACUACUUCAGUAGUAAGCUGAGGAAAAAACAAGCCCCAAACUAAAAACUCUAAUGAGGGAAGAGGCGGUGAAAUGUGCAACAGUUUGUAACACCAGCAUUGGUUGCUGGUGUCAUAGGGAGUACUAGAUCUUAUAGCUUAUUUCUAGAAGAAUAAGGCUGAAACUUUAUUGGGGUAAAGAAGGGUCAAUUCCAACAUUUCUCACUCCUUAUUGGCCAUUAAACGUUUUGGAAAUUCGUUUUUGUUUCUUGCUUUUUUCCUAAGUCACUGAUAUGAAGUGAACAUGAAAUGACAGAAGAUCAUUUCUUAACUUGCA